UUCAUUUUUUUUUUUUCUACGUGCAUAUUUAGCCAUUUUCCAGGAUGACUUCAUUAGAAGUCCCUAAAUGACCUUAUCUUAAGGUCUUAUGUCGUCAGUGGACCUCUAACUCUGCUCCUUCUUCCAUGAACGCUCUUCUUCGUGGAUCCGAGAUUACGGUGUUUAACACCACAGACAAACAUGUUGCCGAGUUACAGAGAAGGAAGAGCACGAGCACUGGCGCUGCGCUGUCAAGAGACGCACGUCAAAGUGAAAGAGCUUCAUGGGCGGUGUGUGUGUGUGUGUGUUUUCACUAGCACAUUUACUCAGUGCGAGCACGGAGGACAAGAGGAAGAAGCCUGCAGUGUGCACGCAUGGAUUAAUAUCCAACUGGAGCAUAUACCUGGAUUCCAUAUACCUCCAUGAUAUACUUCAAGAACUUUUAUACGAGAACAUGUGAACUUAACGCAGCUGUCGUUGUUGGCCUACCAACAAUCUCGCUUUCGAUGAUUUUAAUGACCUCCUUCCUCGCCUUCAUUUUAGGAUUGUGGAAUAAGCCAACCAAGCUAAAAUCAAUGAGAACUGGAAGAUGUGCUUGUAAUCCUUGGUGCUUUGAGAAUCACAUGGAAUGCCCUUUGAUCUCAGAGGUUUGGAAUUCUAUCUUAAUUCUGAGCUGUCUAAGUGCUCUAUUGCCCGUGGCUGAAGGUCAUGCAAUGCAGGCACUGCAAGACCUCCAGAACGCACUCCGAGACAACGAGACCAAGCUUUUAUUCCAGCGUUCUAAUGCGAGUUUGUAUACACCAAACACUGAUGAUAUCGACAAUUGCACGUUCAAGUUUUUUGACUGUUUUCUGAUGGAGAUGAACGUUCUCUUGCAUGACGAAGACCCAACACAUGAAAACAAGCACAAGCCCAUGAUAGAGAAAACUUUGGAAGAAUAUAACAAAAAUAAGUGUUCAGAGCGAUAUCCUUGUGAACUACAAGAACUUGCCUCCUCCAAUAAGUUCUUGGAGAAGAUGACAGAGUUCCUUGAGAAACAGCGAGCUCUUUGCAGUCAACUCUCUACUAUAACAUGCGACUAAAAUCAUACUUUAUUUCCCUGAAAGCAUGUACAAUAAGCUCAUUUAUCUAUUAUCAUUUUAAAUUAUGCUAGUCUUUUUAUUUUUUUUUUAUUAAUAUUUAUAUCACCUCAGUCUGAAAGUGUCACUUUAUUAAUGCCGUAAGAAUGAUAUAUUUUUUUAACAAAGGGGUUUUUUGAAGGUGAAAAAUUGUUUCAUGUAAAAUAGGUUUUAUAUAUUGUUUUAUAUUCAAUGUAUUGUUACAUUAAAGCAUUUUUUUUUUUUAACAGAAGUAAUGUCAUUUAUGUUGAGGUGAAUUGGGUCCAAGACUAAAACCAAUCUAAAUCACUGACCUAAUGACCGGUCUGAAGGAAACUUGAUGCCUGAUAUCAUUUUGUAACUGUUAUAGGGAGUAUAACAGCUUCUAUUGUUUCACUUUGUCUGAGGAGGAAUUUCCUGUGGAAGUUCAAAGAGGUCUGGUCCUGACCUUCUCCAUGACUGCCCCAUUGAACUGCAUGAGGAUUAUGAACUCUACAUCUUCAUGACACAAAUCACUAAUGCACUUUAGUCAGGAUAGUGCCUUGUGUUAUUUUUCACAGGAUUGAUAACAAGACUUUGAGGAAUACAAGUACAGUGCAUUCAAUGAACUGUAUUGUUGUUUAACGUUAUAAUUGUUCCCCUUAUGACAUUGUCAAACAUUGUCAAACAAUUAUAUGAAACAAAACAAUUAUGUGAUCUAGGACUUUAAUACAGUGUCUGCCAUGGUAAAGAAAAAAUCCUUUUUUAAAAAAAAAUUUAACACUUAAUUUGUUUUUCUUUAAAUUCUGCAUUUACAUCUUGCAAUUCUUUUUUUCUUCUCGCCGUGAAUGGUAAUUUUACCUCACAAACACUUUUUUCCCACUGAAUUCUGAGUUUACAUUUUGCAAUUCAAUUUUUUUGUUUGUUUCCACCGUGAAUUAAGGUAAUUGCUACUUUUUCUUGCAGUUGUGAGUUUAUAUCUCACAAUUCUGGCUUUCCUUUUCAAAACUGCAAGUUUAUAUCUCCUAUUUCUUUAAAAAUUGUCUCCUAUUUCUUUAAAACAUCUUGCAAUUUUUCUCAGAAUUGUGAGUACAUACAUAUCUUGCGAUUCUGCAUUUAUAUCACUUAAAAGUCCAAUUUGUGAGAUGAACUCAGAAUUCUGAGAAGGACAGAAUUGUGAGAUAUAAAAUUACGAGAAAUUUCUUCUUUUUUUUUUUUUUUUUUUUUGUGGUGGAAACAAGCUUAUACUUACCGCAUUGUUUUCAUGACUGAAUGAUUUCUGAAUUUGUCAUUUAGCUGCUUACCUGAUGAUGAUGUUGAGGUGGUUUGAUGCUGCAGGCUGUUGACUUUUUCUGACUUUCGUGACAUUCUGUUGAAGAAUCUGCAGCCCAUCUGUACAGUACACUGAUUUGAAACACAAUCCUGAGUCACCAAUUUUAGAAAAGUUGGGACUAUUUAGUCAGGAAGUUACAAACUGCUGUGCUUAUGAACGAACAGGCACUAAUUUAAAACAAAUGUUUUCCACUACUUUUGGAGGGAACAUAUUAUGAGCUCCCAAAGGUUGUGCUGAUAAUUAUUUUUACUUAUUCUUAUCCUUAGCAAUACAGCACAUCCAGUCAGAGGGCUGGAUAAAGAUGAAAUCAUCACAUUUUUCCCAGUUAGAACAUUUAAUCACUUUUUUUUUUUACUUUUCAAAUGUAAUUUUGUUUGUGCUUUUGGACAUUGAACUUUACUAUCCUUAAAGUGCCCCUAUUAUGGGUAAUGAAAGGUUCAUAUUUUGGUUUUGGGAGUCCCCAACAACAGGUUGACAUGCAUGCAAGGUCAAAAAACACUUUCAUUGUCUUAUAUGCAUUUAUUUUUACUUUACUUGCUCAACGAUUCAUUUUUCCAAACCCCUCCUUUGCGUGACGCUAAUCUGCGGUGAUUGGUCUCAUUUUCAUUUCAUCUCGCCUGUAAUGCCUGAUAAAGCAGCGUUUGUGAGUGCAGAGCUGCUUUGUGUACAGCGUUACCGGGGAUUCGUUUUAAAAACGACUCGUUUCAAUGAUUCAGAGUCGACUCUUUCUUUUGAGAGACAAUAACUUUAUACACGGUGCACUUUCAUAUUUAAAACUUUGCAGGAUGUUUUCAUUCACUUAGAGAUGUGUUACACACUCAUGAAAAGGUCAUUUUCAAAAAUCCAUAAUUGGGGCACUUUAAUUCGGCUAAUUAGACGUAUUAUACUGCAUUUUUCAUUUGAAGACAGAGUGCUUAAUUUAACAAUUAAAAUAAUUUUGUACUUUCACUCAUGUGGUAAUAAUUUGACGGCGGGACUUUCCAGAACAUUUUUAAGUUUUGCAAAACUAUCCCACACUCUGAUCAGACCAGUACACACAGUCAAAAUUACUUUAAUUUAACGUAAAUAAUUUAGUAUGUGACUACCUAGAAAGCAAUAACUUUCUUAGUUUUUUUUUUUUGAUAAUUGAUUGAUGAUAAUAGCGCUCUGCUGUCAUCCAGGCUAGUUCUUCAUGGCUAAAAUAGUGGCACGCGAUCUAAUCAGUGUAGCUCACAGUGCCCUCUGCUGCUGAAUAUACUUGUAACCAUUGGAAUUAGGGAGAAGGGUCCUAUUGGAAUUAGGAAUUGUCAAACAUAACUUUUAGAAGAUGACACGGUAAGCCAGGCUGGUAGUUAAUUUUUUUUCCCCUGACGAGGGUAGAGGGAGAGGGCCUAGGUUCAAGAGUCACAAUUCGCUACUGGAUUGACUCAAGCAGCAUUCACACUUACAGUGGUCUUCAGCAACAGAGACCUAAAGUGAUUAAUUUUCUAUUAGAGAUUUAUUUUCCAGCCAUUAGCAUUGCAAAUUUAUGCAAAUGAGCAGGUUCAGCAUGAGCUUGCUUUGUUGUUCGUACACGUACACGGCUGAGAAAUGUGAUGAAAAAUGUUUCAGUGAGCCAUUCUGUUCAGACCCGAUGACAAACAUGAAUGUGAACUGGCAAGAACUUUUCAGCUAAUCUGAUAACACAUGAUCGUUUUAGGUACAUGAUAUUUCAUCCAAAGCAUUUUGUAUGGCUUCGAAGGUCAGUCAGUAUGAAUCUGAUCCACUUGUACGGUGAUAAGCAUCUUAAAAACCUCACAAAUAAACAAUGUCACAGUGACAUUUGGUAUGGGGCCUU